AUGAGAGAUGUGGAACGAACGCAACUUGUACCAAUACAGAAGGAUCUUUCAGAUGCCCUUGCAAUAUUGGUUACUAUGGAGACGGGUACAACUGCACAGGUAUCCCAGUGUUUUAUUCCGUUUUCUCGACAGAGAUCUUAUAAAGUCUCACAUUCCCCAGAUCAAGCGAUUGUGGAAGAGGUGCAAUGCCUUGAUUUACGACAAUUAUUUUGCACAAACAUUGAUGGGUUGGUCCACCUUAUUAGUUUUUGGCUAUAACUCAACUAAAUCAGAGACGCUGAAUUGUAACAAUAACAACAUAACUUUAUUGUAAGAAUAAACUUAAUUAAUUACACUGUCCCGCAGGUAGCAAAAGCUAAUCUAGGCGGAACAGAAGAACAACUGAGGGUUAGGGUUAAACUCUUUUAAAUAAAUAUUAUUAUAUAAUGGUACUGCAUUCAAUAAUCAGCCAACAUACGGCAAUAACACAUUAGCAAGGGGGCUUGAGUAUGGGAGCAACUACAAAGCGGAUUGGUGGAUUGGUACCUACGACAAUCGGUCCAGUCCCAAUCACAUGUAUUGCGGAAUGGAAGAAGAUGGUCCCCAAGGCUCAAUGACGUCACCCAGUUUUCGAAUUACUGGAAAGUUCCUCACGUUCCUGAUUGGAGCAGGCUGCAAAGAUUAUACAGUUCUAAACAUUCGUGCUGAGCUUAUUGUUGAUGGGGAAGUGGUUCGCAGGGAGACACCGGCGGCGUGUAAAGAAGUUUUGACAGAGAAAAGCUGGAAUGUAACAGGUUACGCU